UCACACACACCUGCACACUUACCUUUACGGCCCACCUGAGACACAGACACAUACACCUGUGUGAGGUUGGUCAGAUCCUCUACAGAACCUGUGGUUCCACAGCGCCAGAGUAGAACCGGGGGUUCUGGGGCUCGCACGCGCCACAUGGAGGAGGACAUGGACCCCAAGAUGGCCGGCGGCUCGUGCUCCGAGUCCGGAUCCGAGCCCGCUUCCUCCUCGUCGACGGCCGCUCCGCCGGAGGGCUCGGAGCCGUGCAGGGGGGGGGACGCCCUCGUCGUGGCCCCCCCCGCGCUGAGCUCCCGCGGGCCCUCGCAGGGCCUGUGUGGCCCCCGCUGUGUGUUGGUAGUGCUCCUCUUACUGGCGCUCUCUCUCCUCGGCAGCUGGGCGCUGGUCCACCUCAGCCUGGGCUCCAGGACCGGCACCGGACCCUUCCGCAUCUCCUCCGGCUACAGCCAGCCCGGCGAGCAGGAGGCAGCCACCUUCAGCCCCCACUUCACCACCAACUGCACCAUGGACUCGUCUGUCAGCAUGCGCAUCACACUCCAGGGCCGCUACCAGUGCCAGGGAGGCCCAGAGAUCGCGCUGGAGCAGCUGUGUGACUUCAGGGUGGACUGCCCGCGGGGGGACGACGAAGGCAGCCCCUGCCGUCAGUUCCUUAAUGGCAGUUACUGCUCUUUUGAAGACGGCCUUUGUGGUUGGCAGACUAUAGCUGGCAAAGGCCCAUCCUGGAGGUCUCAGCCAUCUUUGCCCAAGAGCAUCAGAUCCAGCUGUCCAUCUUCUUCAGGGGCCGUGCUGACGGUGGAUAACGGUCAGUCUCGAGGUCAGCGAGGAACAGCGCUGCUGCGGAGCCCGUUCUUCUCGCCGCCUCUCCGGAACGCCAUGUGCUCGCUUCGGUUCUGGAUGUGUGGUGGUGGAACCCACAACGCUGUGCUCAGUCUGUCCCUGCUGGAGAACAGCACAGUGCCCGAUGGAUGGAAAACAAAAUGGCAGUCCAGCAGUGAGCCCAAGGUGCAGCAGGGAGGCUGGCAGCUCAUCACCGUCCCGCUCUACGGCCUAGCUGACUGGUUUUGGCUCCAGUUCAGCACGUCGGGGCCUGUGAGCACGUUUGCAGUGGAUAAUCUUUCCCUCAGUAUGGAUUGUUUUCUCUCUUCAAACGGAGAGACUCCACCUGUGGUGACGAGCACACCUCCGAUGACCGUGAGCCAGCUGCCCGAACACACCACCAUGACGGAACACACCCUCCCUGACGACGGGCUCGGACUGCUCCUACCAGAGGACUCCUCCACAAAAUGGACAUUCUUCACUUGUGGUGGCAUCGGCCCCGAGGGGCCCACGCAAAACCAGUGCAACAUCGCAUAUCGCAACAGCAGCGUCAACGUGACCGUGGGAACCAGAGCACCUUUCCAGGGUGUCCAAACCUGGAUUGUGCCUGAAACAGGGGAAUACAGAAUCCAAGCUGGCGGUGCAUCAGGUGGUCUCAGUGUAAUGCACGUGGAAAGGUCGCAUGGCGUCUCCAUCAUCGGGGACUUUGACCUGAAUAAGGGUGAUGUGCUCCACAUCCUGGUUGGCCAGCAAGGGGAGGAUGCCUGCUCAAAUGUGAACACGGCUCUAAGUAAGUACUGUUCAGAGCAGAAGGGACCCAUGGUGAACAAGACGAUGAUCAGAGGGGGUGGAGGAGGAGGCGGAGGUGCCACCUAUGUCUUCAAGAUGGAGAACGGAGUCCACAAGCCCUUGCUCAUUGCGGCGGGAGGUGGAGGUAGAGGCUACAGCAGCCAUUCUGUAGAUCAUCAAGAGAUCCUGGACACGGACCCCGAGGUGCCCGGCCGGAACGGCCUCUCUGCGGCAGCAGGCGGAGGUGGGGGAUGGAGCGACGGCUCCCCGAGCCCCCAGGGAGGGAGGCCUCUGGUGCUGGGGGGGCAGGGAGGGCAUCCCUGCCAGACGAUUGGCUGGAAGACCCACGGAGGCUUUGGAGGCGGGGGCGGGGCCUGCACCACAGGUGGAGGGGGAGGCGGCUACAGAGGUGGGAACACCUCGAAAGACAAUGACCCGAGAGUCGCUGGACAAGAUGGCACUUCCUACAUCAGUCCAGAGGGCAGGAUGUACCUGGAGGCCUUAAAAGUGGUGGAGAGCAGUGGCGACGUGGUCAUCACGCCCGUGCUCAACUGCAGCCACUGCGAGUCCAACGAGUGCCACAUGACGGACGCCGGGGUCCAGUGCUACUGCGAGGAGGGGAUCCUGCUGGCCAAAGGCCGAAUAAUGACCUGCCUCCGGGUCAACACUACAGGCAAGCCUCCGCUCUCUCACCUGGCCCUGGGGCUGUCCGUGGGAACCUCGGCUCUCAUCGCAGCGCUCCUGCUGGCCGUGUCCGGCGUCAUGAUCAUGUACAGACGUAAGCACACAGAGCUGCAGUCCAUCCAGCUGGAGCUGCAGAGUCCGGACUGUAAGCUGAGUAAGCUGCGUGCGUCCACCAUCAUGACCGACUACAACCCCAACUACUGCUUCGCCGGCAAGACCGUCUCCGUCAACGACCUGAAGGAGGUGCCCCGCCGACACAUCUCCCUGACCAGGGGUCUGGGGCAUGGUGCAUUUGGUGAGGUGUAUGAAGGGCUUAUCACUAUACCAGGAGACUCCAACCCCAUGCAGGUGGCAGUGAAGACUCUGCCGGAGGUGUGUUCAGAACAGGACGAGCUGGACUUCCUGAUGGAGGCUCUGAUUAUCAGUAAGUUCAGCCACCAGAACAUCGUGCGGUGUGUUGGCGUGUGCCUGCAGGCUCUGCCGCGCUUCAUCCUGCUGGAGCUGAUGACGGGAGGAGACCUCAAGAGCUUCCUCAGAGAGACUCGGCCCCGACUGGAGCAACCGUCCAGUCUGACGAUGGUGGACCUGCUGAACGUCGCCAGAGACAUCGCCCGCGGCUGCCAGUACCUGGAGGAGAACCAGUUCAUCCAUAGAGACAUAGCGGCAAGAAACUGCUUGCUCACCUGCAAGGGCCCAGAGAGGGUGGCCAAGAUCGGAGACUUCGGAAUGGCUCGCGACAUCUACAGAGCAAGUUAUUACAGGAAAGGAGGGCGUGCUAUGCUGCCAGUUAAAUGGAUGCCCCCCGAGGCUUUCAUGGAGGGGAUCUUCACCUCCAAAACUGACACAUGGUCCUUUGGGGUUCUACUCUGGGAGAUCUUCUCGUUGGGUUACAUGCCGUAUCCCAGCCGGAGCAAUCAGGAGGUUCUGGAGUUUGUCACUAAUGGAGGCCGGAUGGACCCGCCCAAGGGAUGUCCAGGCCCUGUGUAUCGGAUAAUGACACAAAGCUGGCAGCAUAACCCCGAAGACCGACCAAAUUUCGCCACCAUCCUUGAGAGGAUCGACUUCUGUUUGCAGGACCCGGAGGUGGUGACCGCUCCUCUGGCGGUGGAGUACGGCCCCGUCUCUGAGGAGGAGGAGCGCGUGGCCCUGCACCCAGACGACCCGUCCACCCCCUCCCUGCUGGUGGCCACCCAGGGCCCGCCGGAGGGAGCCGAGACCCUGGCCGCCCACUGUGAGGAGGCCAGGAAGAUGGGCGAGGCGCUGCUGCUGCCCGGACACCACCUGUCCGAGCCCAAGCCGGCCUCGGUGCUGCCCUCUGCUGGCCAGCCUCAGGCCAAGCAGCACCUCCCGCUCUCCCACAUGGGCCUGUGCUCCAGCGCCGCCGCCGCCUCCGCCUCCUCCGUCGGCCCGUCCGCCAUCACGUCCACCCCAGACGGGGGCCACGUCAACCCGGCCUUCACCCAGAUGCACACCGCCGAGAAGGACAGUCGCAACGGGAAGCCCACCAACCUGUGGAACCCCACCUACGGCUCCUGGUUCCUGCAGCAGCAGCAGAAGCAGCGACAACAGCAGCAGCAGCAACAACAACAACAACAACAACAACAACAACAGCAGCAGCUGCAGAGGCAGCAGCAGCAGGCCAGCAGCGGCCGGGUCCCUGGAGAGGGUCAGGAGCACACGAGCAGGACAGUGGCCGACCCGCUGGGCCUGCAGCAUCAGCACAAGCAGCAGCAGAUCCAGUUCCUUCAGCAGCAGCAGCAGCAACAACAGCAGCAGCAACAGCAGCAGCAGCAGCUCCAGUUCCACCAUCAGCAGCAGCAUCAGCAGCAGAUGCAGCAGGGUGUGUGCCGGCCCUUACUGCCCCCUCCCCCGCCCCCUGGCAUGAGCCACGCCCCCCUGCUCCUGGAUUCGGCCGCUCUGCCCCCGGUGCCGCUGUACAGACUGCGCCGCUUCCCCUGUGGCAACAUCGGCUACGGGUACCAGGAGCAGGGCCUGCCCAUGGAGUCGCCCAUGCCCAUGCCCCUCAUGCCCCUGGCAGUGCCCACGCCGCAGCCCCCGCCGCCUCUCCCCGGAGCGCAGAGACCCCUCUCUCUCGGCCGCACGGGGAACCCCGAGGAGAGCCGCCCGCUCCUGGUCACCAAGGGGACGGUGCAGGACUCCAGGCUGCCCACCAUGGAGGGGCACAAUGCCACUGUACUUUAACAGCCUACACCCCAACCCCCCCAAAAUCACAGUCCGAGGUCAAAGGUCAAUCAUCCUGUGCCAACACUGUGCCGUCGCACCAAAACCGUCUUGCUGAGAGGGUGGUUGUGCUCGCCCAUCUCAACCCCCCUGCUGCCCCCGCCCUGCUCCCCCCGCCCUGAGACCCUGAGACCUGCCCAUGUGGAUCUCAACUCCCCUGCGCCCCCCGCCCUGAGACCUGCCCAUGUGGAGCCGUGAUCAGCCCUCUUGCUCCCCACUUCACAAGAGGCUCUGGAUCAGACUGCUCACUGGUAAGGGAUGAGGGCGACGCCGAUGGCUAUGUGGAAUUUUCUUCUUCUUUUCUAUUUUAAUCCGUGUGGUUAUUUUAUGAUUAAUAAUCAGGUCUG